AUGAGAAAUAGUGUCGCUCCAUGUCAUUUUUUUAAUUUGGUCGUAAAGAAUUUGUUGAUCGUGUCCUUCAUCCUACUAUUUGAUUAUCAUUCCCUUGCUUGUAUCGUGUCUCUUGGCUGUUUCCAACUUGCUCUGGGCAGAGAAGAUGUUGUCCUUGCUGCCAUGAUGCCCAAUGCUAGUAACAUAUUUUGCAGAUUUGGUAAUGAAGGUGAUAAGCAAAGAUCUGAUUGUCUCAAAGUGCAAUUUUGCCAUUCUGAUGGUGACCUUUUUACACUUCUCUCUGUGUACAAAGAAUGGGAGGCUCUGCCUCAAGAGAGGAGGAAUAAGUGGUGUUGGGAAAAUAGCAUCAAUGCUAAAUCUAUGAGGAGAUGCCAAGACACAGUUUUCGAGUUAGAAUCUUUUCUAGAGCGUGAACAUGGCUUUGUUGUUCCAAGUUACUGGCGUUGGGAUCCUCAUACACCUUCUGUUCAUGAUAAGAAUAUGAAAAAGGUUAUACUGGCCUCACUUUCUGAAAAUGUAGCCAUGUUUUCUGGACGCAAUCAACUUGGUUAUGAAGUAGCGCAAACUGGACAACAUGUUCAACUGCAUCCAUCUUCUUCCUUGCUCGUGUUUGCUCAGAAGCCUAGUUGGGUGGUUUUCGGUGACCUUCUCUCAGUGUCUAAUGAAUAUCUGGUCUGUGUUAGUGCUGUUGAGUUUCAAUCAUUAUACGACCUUCAACCCCCUCCCUCGUUUGAUGUAUCCAAGAUGGAAGAACGGAAGUUGCAAACUAAGACAUUGACUGGUUUUGGCACUAUUCUUCUCAAAAGAUUUUGUGGGAAAUCCAACAGUAAUUUGCUUGGUCAUGUUUCACGUAUUAGGAAAGCUUGUUUGGAUGAAAGAAUCUUUGUUGAAGUGAAAGUUGACGAGAAUCUCAUCCAGUUAUAUGCCGCUUCACACGAUAUGAAUACAGCUACUAUGUUGGUGAGUGAUGUUUUAGAAUACGAGAAAAAGAGGUUACGCACAGAAUGUAUGGAAAAAUGUUUGUAUCACGGGUCUGGUUCUGCAUCACCUAUGGCUUUGUUUGGGUCUGGUGCUGAGAUAAAGCAUCUGGAACUCGAGAAGCAUUCCCUGAGUGUUGAUGUGUAUCACUCAAACAUAAAUGCAAUUGAUGACAAGGAGCUCCUGAUGUUUUUUGAAAAGAAUACCUCAGGUUCUAUAUGUGCUGUGUACAAGUUCCAAGGAAUGGGGAAGGAUCCUCCAGAUAGAGAAAAGUGGGGCAAGAUAACAUUUUUGUCCCCUGAUGCUGCCAAAAGAGCCGUUGAGCUGGAUGGAGACGAGUUUUGCGGCUCGAACUUGAAAAUACUUCCUUCACAAUCAGCUAUGGGAGGGGAUAAAACAUUUUUAUUUCCUGAAGUUAAAGCAAGAAUUUUCUGGCCUCGCAGACUUAGCAGAGGAUUUGGCAUAGUUAUAUGUGAUAAAAAUGAUGUCAAUUUCAUGUUGAGAGAUUUUUAUAACCUUGCAAUUGGAGGGAGGUAUGUUCGUUGUGCACCUAGUAAUAAGUCAAUGGACAGUAUUAUGAUAAGUGGGCUUGACAAAGAGCUUCAAGAAACAGAAAUUUUGGAUGUACUAAGAAAUGCUACAAGUAGAAGGAUUCUGGACUUUUUUGUGGUGAGGGGAGAGGCUGUUGGAAAUCCACCCUGCAGUGCCUGCGAAGAGGCACUCUUUAAAGUAAUUUCCCCCUUAAUGCCCAAGGUAGACCCUCAUAUUAGUUCUUGCCGUGUUCAGGUAUUUCCACCUGAGCCAAAGGAUUCUUACAUGAGAGCUUUAAUUAAUUUUGAUGGAAGAUUACAUUUAGAAGCAGCUAAAGCUUUGGAAGAAAUUGAAGGAAAGGUAUUACCCGGAUGUCUUUCAUGGCAAAAGAUAAUGUGUGAACAGUUGUUUCAUAGCUCCUUGAUAUUUCCUGCACCAGUGUAUCACGUGAUUGCGGAACAAUUGGAAAAAAUACUUGCAAACUUCAACAAUUUAAAUGGUCUUGAGUGGAACCUAAACAGAACUGCUAAUGGUUCCCACCGACUGAAGAUAACAGCCAAUGCCACCAAGACAGUGGCAGAAGUUAGGAGACCUCUGGAAGAACUGUUGAGAGGAAAACUCAUUGACCAUGGAAGCCUUCCUCCCGCAGCUCUACAACUCAUUUUGUCCAGAGAGGGCAUUAGUCUUAAAUGCUCCAUACAGCAAGAGACCAAAACAUACAUAGUUUUUGACAGGCCCAGCCUGAACUUAAGAAUUUUUGGUUCACCAGAAAAGAUUGCUUUGGCUCAGCAGAAGUUAAUUCAAUCCCUACUCUCCCUCCAUGAAGAAAAGCAGUUAGUAAUCCCUCUGAGAGGGAGGGACCUACCUCCCGACUUGAUGAAACAAGUGGUUAAGACUUUUGGGCCAGAUCUUCAAGGGCUAAAAGAGAAGGUACCUGGGGCUGAUCUCAAACUUAACACACGCCAACAGGCAAUUUUUCUCAAUGGUAACAAGGAGUUGAAACCAAGAGUAGAGGAAAUAACUUUGGAGGUUGCGUGUUCAAGCAUUCAUUUAGUUGAGAGACUCGACACAGGACCUAGUUGCCCAGUUUGCUUGUGUGAGGUUGAGGAUGGAUAUCAACUUGAAGGCUGUCGUCAUUUCUUCUGCCGGUUGUGUCUGGUUGAGCAGUGUGAAUCUGCUAUAAGAAACCAAGGCAGUUUCCCAAUAUGUUGUGCUCACACGGGCUGUGGAGAUCCUAUUCUGCUUACAGAUUUCAGAACUCUCCUGUCAAAUGACAAGUUAGAUGAACUUUUCAGGGCUUCUUUGCGAGCUUUUGUAGCUUCGAGUUCAGGAACUUAUAGGUUUUGCCCGUCUCCCGACUGCCCCUCAAUUUAUCGAGUUGCAGAUCCCGACACAGGUAGUGAGCCAUUUACUUGCGGAGCAUGUUAUUCAGACACUUGUACCAAGUGCCACUUAGAGUAUCAUCCAUUCGUUUCAUGCGAGAGAUACCGGGAGCUUAAAGAUGACCCAGAGAUCACAUCUCUGAGGGAGUGGUGUAAAGGGAAAGAACAAGUCAAGAGCUGCUCUGCUUGUGGGCAAAUAAUUGAAAAGGUUGAUGGGUGCAAUCACAUUGAGUGCAAGUGCGGAAAACAUGUCUGCUGGGUUUGCUUGGAAAUAUUUUUAGAAAGUGAUGAAUGUUAUGAUCAUAUGAGAACUAUACACUUAUCCAUAUAAAUUGCUAUUUGUGUGGUGAUUGUAAGUUUAGUAUAGUGGUAUAUAAUAUUAUGUGCAUAGGCGUUGGAAAAUGCAAAGAUGUGAACUAAUGUAUAUAUAAUAGCAGUUCUGCACUACUCUGUACCCAUCUUGUACACGAGAUUUCUUUAAUAUAAGUUUGCAUCAUUUGGGUCC